AUGCGGUUGCUUAAAUUGAAAGAAUAUCUAUGCUUAAUCAUUCUUCUCAUCAUUUCAAAUGCUCAUGCUCAAACCGACAUUCUAGAGGAUCACGUGGAGAGUGGCUCGAAUGAACCCGAACAUCCAUCAGAAGAACUCGAACCUGAACAUCCAUCAGGAAAAUUAGAACCCGAACAUCCAUCAGAAGAACUCGAACCUGAACAUCCAUCGGGAAAAUUAGAACCCGAACAUCCAUCAGAAGAACUCGAACCUGAACAUCCAUCAGGAAAAUUAGAACCCGAACAUCCAUCAGAAGAACUCGAACCCGAAGAUGGUAAUGAGGUCUUCACAAAAUAGCUAAUCACCUCGACGCCGAUCGUCAUCAAGACGACGGCGAUGAACUGCGAAACGAAAAUGGCGACAUGUCCCAAUUUUUGCGAGAAGCUCAACACGCACCGUGGGCCGCAUAUUCAGAAUGUCAGAUUCGCGAAAAUUGAAGUAUGUUUAGUGGCUCUCAACGUCAUUUUGUUGUUUUGCUUCAUUUUCAUCGUGAUAUACUAUUUGAAAAAAAUGCAUGUGAAAGUGCUGAAACCGCCUCAAAGUGGUGCUAUCACGAAUAUGGAUCGAUCGACGAGAAUGAUGGUGCAGCCGAUGGAUCCCGCGACGAAUGCUCUGCUCUCGAAUCCCGUUUAUAUGGCCAAAUAUAAUGCGUAUAAACAGGCGAGAGAUAAGGAAUAUGCGGAAGACGUGAAGCAGAUGAAUCAGGCGAAGAAGUCGAUCAUCUACAUUCCGAAUGAAAUCAACGAUGUUGAUCUUGUCGCUCGUGUGAGCAACAGAAACAUUAAUCUCGACAAGGUUUUCUAUGAUCCGAAGAAUAAUGAGCAAUUCGAAAUUGGCUCCGAUGUCGAUGAGGUCGAGCUCGAGCCGAGCACAAUGGCGACGAUUGCCACAUCGGUUAUGGAUUCGGCGAUGACGAAGACAAAAGGCGGCUCCUGUUGA